AUGGAGCGCCCUGUCGGCAGCCGCCUGCUGUUUCUACAGAGGCUCCUUCAUGCAGGUGCAGGUGAGGGUGUGUGUGUGUUUGUGUAGGUGAGUGUGUGUGUGUGUGUGUGUGUGUGUGGGUUUUUUUUGUAGGUGUGUGUUUGUGUUUGAGAAAUUAAAGAGAAAGAGAGAGGUUGUGAUUCAAAGGAUGUGUUUUUGUUCGAGAGUUUUGGGUUUGAACAGAAUCUGUAUAUUGGCUUGUGAAUUUCUGAACAUUUCUGAUAGUGGUUUUGUCUUUGCGUGUGAGAGUGCAUGAGAGUGUGUAAUGGUUGUGUUGGAGUGUGUUCAUUCCUGUUUUGGCCAGCAGCUAACUGGUGAUAUCAUAGAUACGAUACGAUACAGGCAGGCAUAUCUAAUUGUGCUUGUCUAAUUUAGAAGCCUGAGAAACAUGAGCAUGGCUGAUUCCUGACAGAUGACCUAAGGAUGUAUUGUUGGCACAUUGUGGUCAGAGAUUCUAUUGUAACAUUAAAGGAGGACAGGAGAGAAUAGCAGGGAGAUUGAAUUACAUUAGAUCACCACUAAAAGUCAUUCCUUUGGAUCUGAUAGUAAGGAUACUCACAGUAAUGUAGUGUGUUGUUAUUGAAAGUCAUGCUUUAGUAUGUGAUAGUAUGAGCUCUGUCUUUUUUGUAGUUCUUAUCUGUAUACUUUCACAACUGUUCCUUGUCUGUUGGAGACUGUAGCAGUGUUCAGGGUUUAUUAACAGGAUUUAUAGCAGAGUAGUGGCAUUGAAAUAUAAUAUGACCCUGAUGUGUGUACGUGUGCACAUGCACAUGCCCGUAUGUGUAUUUGUGUGUUACUUUGGUGCAGAAAAUGGGAGUAUGUUCAGUGAAGGGGCUAAUUUUAGUAUUUGUAGUUAGGCCACCAGCCUCAGCCACUUGACUCUGAUAGAUGGUCUGAUAAGAUCCUCCGUCUGUUGACCUGUGUGUCCUGUUUACAUCACCUGAUCUCAGACCAGCACCAGGACAGGAAGAAAUGCUGAGACACUGUCUGUCUACAUUCUCAAAAAUAAGAAUCCGAUUGGGGUUCAUUUCAGUUCCCCGGGCCAUUGAACAAAUAGCAGGAUUUCAGUUCAACCAUUAGGUUGUUUUCAAUUUCCAGCUGAUAUUGUGCUUUAGACACCCAGCAGAGAGAUUACUACUGAUCGUAUGGUCUAUGAGUCUAUGGGAGUGCUGCGUGCUGGCAGUGCUACCAUUGUGUCUGUAAUUAAGACCACUAUACUAUCCCAGUCGGUCUCUAACUGGGACAUUGUGAUGUUACAGCCCUGUUUGUUCACAGAGCAGAUCAGCGCUUGAACCCCCAAAUCCUCCCAUCUGCCCCUUUCUCCCCUCUGCAUGCAGUUUGCACUUUGAUUGUUUUCCCUGAUUUUAAUCCCCCCUUUCUGUGUCUGCCAGCUAGGCUAACCCCAACCAGCCAGGCAGCGCAGCCCCAGUUUAUCUCCCCAGUGACCCAGCUGGGAUACUCUCUGUGGCCCUGCCAGCCUCUCUGUCAACCCCAGAGCCCAUGGCCUGGCCCCAUGGCCACCAACCAGUGGAGGCUGGUGUCACUUUAAAUCGGAGGACCGGCUCAAAGGAAUUAAUGGUAUCAAACAUGUCCUCUGAAUUAAAGUGACACUAUAGCCUCCACUGCCUUCAAUCGUGAUAGGAGCUCUAGGGGCCACCGCAGCCACCAAUUAUCCCAGGGACCAAUACCAACAGCUACCGUGGGGCUCUUUCUACCUCCACAUAGUCAAUUAACCAUGUUCAACCCCACCCGUCUGACAUACAUAGCAGAAGCUAUAACUGAUACUGAUACAUUUGCGUUAGUGACGUUAGCUAGCAUUAGCCCCGCGCCGCCUGUAGCCGAAUGGCAAGCUUAAGUAUUGUAAUAUGCGACCCUCUGUGUAAUCCCCCCUACUCCACUCUUCUUGUGUCUCGUCUCGGCGCUCCCGCUCCUCCUCUCCUCUCCCGAGUCCUUUUCACAGCAAAUCCUCUUUGGAGCGCCUGCCUCGCCUUGCCUCGCCCGCCUGUCACUCCCCCCAGGGCAGCGAGGGGCUAAGCGGCUGUUUAACCGCUAAAGUUCAAGAGAAAAUCAGCCUGUUACUGAGAGAGAGGAAGUUAAUUACACUAGGAUGUUUUCACUAGUAAUGAGACACGCUCACUCUGUUUUUUUCUUUCUGUUGCUCUGAGUCCUAACCAUUAGUGCCUUUUUCCAAAAAAAACCUAAGCCAGUGCAUGGUAGCCUGGGUGCCAGUCUGUUUCUACUCUCUUGUCAUGAGAAUUCCAUAAAGAGAGCAGAAACAGACUGUUACCCAGGCUAACUGUUUGGAGUUGUAGCUGGAUGUAGCAAAGAGGGUAGGCAGUGAAGCACAAGGGAUCCUACAUGACUAGAGACUGAGGGAUGGUGAGGAAUGGUAGGGGUGCUGGGAUCUGAAGAGUGAGCAGAGCAGAGACACUUCCACAGAUCCAUAGCCCCAGGUCAGGAUUACGGUCUGUAGCGGCUCCCACUCACUAGUUCUCACCUUUCUCCCAGUUAGCCAAUCUGUCCUUUUGCCAGUUCAAAAACCUCCAUUUCAGAUUCUUUGUUUGCUCUUUUCAAGAUUUAAUGUCGGAACGUAGGAUGUGGAUUGCGUGUUUAAGUGCCAUUAACUAGUACCUGACUGUGCUAUAAUGAACCAGUGGGAGGGUGGUUGCAGAUGGCAUUUUGGAGGACAUAGCUAACAGCGAGUCAUGUGAGAGAGGGAGCGCAUGUGUGUGUGUGUGUGUGCAGGUGUGUGCGGGUGUGUGUGCGUGUGUGUGUGCAGGUAUGUGCGGGUGUGUGUGCGUGUGUGCGUGUGUGUGUGUGCGUGUGCGUGUGCGUGUGUGUGUGUGUGUGUGUGGUAUAAGAAGGGCUGAGGCACUGACUGGUGAACAUUUUAAAAUGAAAUAAGUGUGUUGGUUACAGCUGUAACAGGGAAAUAGACCGCUGUACCAGGUAGAGUUGUGGAGGUGUGAAUGUGUUGACAGACAUACUCACCUCUGUCACGCUACUCACGCUGCUGUCACUCACACUGACUGCUCCACUCCAGAGAGACUGUGUGUGUGUGUUGUGUGUGUGUGUGUGUGUGUGUGUGUGUGUGUGUAUGUGUGUGUGUGUGUCUCCCUCAGAUCCAGGUGCUACAGAAAGUGAUUGGAGGUUGUUUCCAUGUGGCAAGGGGAUGUGUGCAUGCAUGCAUUCGUGUGUGUGUGUGUGUGUGUGUAUGCCAUACAGAGAGAUCUAAAGGACCCCUCAUGGCGCCUGCAUGGUUCCCCUUCAGAAGUCUUUGUGUGUGUGGCUCUUUUAGGGAGCAGCACAGCACUGCAGAGAUCACAGGCUUGGUCUGGAACUUACUUCUACCCCCACCUGCUCUAUACACCCCCCCCCCAAACCCCGCUCCCCAACACAUUGCCUCACAAGCUAUUCAUCUACCAGUAGGUCUAUAUCUUUUAAAUUCCAAAUGAUUGAACAUUGAUAAACACAACUUCAUUAUUGAGGUGGUGGACCGUUGCUCUUAUUGAUGUUAGUGGACUUUCUGAUGGUGUUAGAGAGAGGGAAUCUGGAGAGGGGAUUUAGGCAGGAGGAAUCAGGGGAGGGGUUCUAUUGUGUGUCCACUUGACCUUUGACCCCAGGGGUCAGGGGUCAGAGGUUUAGGGGUCGCCAGCAGGAGGCCAGAGUUCAGCCGGACAGAUAUGACUGAACCACUCUUACUGAGCCUCUCUGAUAAGAGCAGAGGCCUGACGAUAAGUGGGCCGAGGGUAGGGAGGGUUAUGGUAACCUGGUGGUCACAGCUCUCUAUGUGCUGUAGCCUUGUGCUUCUCAACCGUUUUGUACCUCUUUGGAGUACUGCUUGCAUUCAAACUAGCACUGUACACGGCUUUAGCAGUAGAAGGUUUUAGCUGUAGAAGUACAUCAACUACAGAUUUUGGGCCCUGCUAAGGUUAAGGCACUAAUAACAUAGGUCUUAUAUUUGUCUGUUGGGUCUCUGAUAAGAUGGAUCUGAGGAUUAGUGGGUCAGCCAGGGGAGGUUGAGGUAACAUGGUCACAGUACUCCUCAAACUAGCGAUGUUAUUUAUGGCACGACUGGACUCCAGGUCUCCCUUGUGAAAUACUUCUGACAUCAAUGGGACAAGUAAAUGUUGAACAGAAGGCACGAGUAACCUAGGUCUCCCAUUACUCUGUUGGUUCUCUGGAAUAUAUCUACCUCACUGACAUUUAUACCUUUAUUAACUAAAUCUUCUUCCUCUUCCAACCGACCCCCAAAAGGUCUUUGUGAGUUACUGGGUACCAGAGUCCUGGUGGAAUUCUUAAUGUUUCAGUUUACUUUAUGAAAGGACCACAGGCAAAUAAAGUGCAACUAGGUGAUAUGAGAAUAGCUCCGAAGCAGCAGACAAUGUGUUUGAUCAUGGUGGAAGAGAAGAUGGAGAAUUGAUGUUCUUCACAGAUGGAUAUGGUGACUGAUAACAUCAAAUAAAAGAAAACUACUAGAACCAUUUUCAAAAAUCAAAUCAGAAAACGUUUCAACAACCGUUUCCGUAAAGAAUUGAAUUUCGUUUAGAAAAAGAUGAGACUAAAGAUUAAAAUGUUGAUGAUACCCAAACGAUGAAAGAAUCUAAUCUAGCAUAAAGAUACGUUAGGGAUUAACGAAUAACUUUUAAUUAGACAUUCUAAAAAUGAAACAAUUAAAUUGAAAAGCUUUGAAUGCAAUUCAAUUUAGAUUAGACUAAGAAUUAGACUAUCCUUGAUUAGAUCGUGUUCAGAGGGAACACACACAGAGAGAGAAAAUUACCCUGAUUAGAUUGUUUUCAGCGUUCAGAGAGGCAGCAGUAUGCUCUGCUGAAGUGUUGAGCUGACUCUGAACAUUUAGGACAAAUUUAGUGUGACUAAACAGCAGACAGAGCAGAGCUGAUACUGCUGGGACACACACAAAAUCCCCCAUGCGUCUUUAUGAGCUGUGCCAUAAGCAACACCGUCAGGGGGGGAGGGGGGGGGGGUAACUCCCCUCAUGCUCCUGAAAAGAUGAAGAGAAUGCCACAUAGCAGUCUCAACCGAGCGAUGGAGGGAUGACUAUCCCUCUCUUUAGAUGUAGUAUGUAUACAUCUCCUCUGAGCUUAGACAACAGCAACUACAGAAAACAAUUACAUAAUUCUCUGGAUGGAAAAAUUGACAGAGGAAGGUGAGGGAGGGGGGUGAGAGAGGGAAGAGAGAAGGCAGGUAAGGGUGACACCACAGCGGGGCAUCACAGGCUAAUUUCCCACGAGUGUCUCUCGGAAUAACACGUCGAUUAUGUGCAGGCAGGGCUAGUGUUUCCCCCCGGGAGUGUACACACACACACACACAUAUUUUAGGCUGCUUUCGGUGUGCUAUGAGAGUCCGAACAUGCAAGGGUAUUGCUGAUCUUAAGGAAUGUGUGUGUGUGUGUUUGUGUUGUGUUUUGGAAGGCCCUCCCCUCCUCCCUCCUCUCCCAUAGCGCGAGUUCAAGCCAGAAAGAAGGGCUCCAUCUGCACAUCACCAUGGUGACAGCCUCGUACACACACAAGGACAACACCCACCUGCCCUAUCCCUCUAUCCCUACCCCCAUCAAUGAUUACUCUGUCUGUGAGGAAGAGAGAGAGAGAGAGUGUGAGGGUGUGUGUGUUUAGUAUUGAUACAGUACUCAUGCUCCUCUCUCAGUCUGUCAAUCUAAUGGCCCUCUGUGUCUGAGAUAACUGAAGGGUUACUGGCUGUCCGUCAAAGCUUUGCCCCGCCCUCAGACACUGUGCCAGAGCCCCAGCUGUACCGUAAUGUGUGUGUGUGUGUGUGUCUGUGUGUGAGAUGUCAGGCAGCGGGUACCCAGAGCUCUACUCACUCUCUCUGCUCUGUAUGAAUGAAAGUGAUACCUCAGCGCUCCCAUACUGUCUACCCUGCCCUCCCUGCCAGCCAAUAGCACUCAGCGCUACCUUGCCCCCUGGAAACAAUGACAUCAUCUCUAGCCAAUAGCAUCGCAGCUCUGGGGCCUGCUGCUCGCUGCAGCUCCAACGAUGAUCAGUUGGGACGAAGGGAUGGAGAUUGGGAGGGAGAGACAAGGGGAGAGGGAGGGAGGAAGAAAAGAGAGAGAGAGGGAAUAGGAAGGGGGAGAGGAGAGGAGAUUGAAUAUUUUACUGACAGUGCAAACGGAAGAUAGCAGGGCUGAGAUUUGAAACAGGCUAUUUCUGUGUAUACUCUUAAAAACCAAAUAAGAUUUAUUAUUAAUUUAUUUUUAGUCAUUUAGCAGACGCUCUUAUCCAGAGCGACUUACAGGAGCAAUUAGGGUUAAGUGCCUUGCUCAAGGGCACAUCGACAGAUUUUUCACCUAGUCGGCUCGGGGAUUAGAACCAGCGACCUUUCGGUUACUGGCACUAUGCUUUUAACCACUAAGCUACCUGCCGCUCUAGAUUUGUGAGAGCGAUGCCAUAGGGGAACCAUUUUAGGGAUUCUGAAGCACCUUUAAUGAGAUGGUUCUUUGAAGAACCAUACAAAAAUCCAAAACCAGAAAAGUUUUGGCCCUCCAGGACCAGAAUUCAAUAGCCCUGCUGUAGGGUUUAAAGCCUUAUUUCCAUAUUUCCCAGGGUGACUUUCGAAUGAAUUUACUAGUACCACCCAUGACUGUGUUUGCUAGUGACAGAGACAUGGUUGUUGCAAUCAUUCAUGUUAAGUCCUGUGACCUUCACCAAGUGAGAUAAUAAGUGAAUAUGUUGUCUUUUAAAUAAAAUUAUUCAAGACACUACAAUACAUAUUUCAUAAGGCCUUCUUUUGAAGGCUUAGUUUUACCAUAAUACAGUGGCCUGAAACUCUUGGUUUACAGGCCACAUCAGGCCUGCAAGUCACAUUAUGCUGGCUUGCAAAGUGAUGUGUAAUUCCUAUUGGAAUCCAGCCAGGGUGGGGAUAUCCAACAUUUUGAAUUUGUAUUCACCCUGCAUUCAGAAUGACUGCAGGGUUGGGAAGACUAAGAUAUGAGACUACCUUAAACAUCUAAACUGGAACAACCAUUUCAGUAACUGGUGCAAUAAGUCCAAGUAACAGAUUGGCAUAGUUUAGAAAAAUGUAUGUUAUUCAUAUUUGAAUAGCAUGAGAUUAAUUAAUCAAUCAGUGUAUUGAAACAAACAAUUCUUAAAAUCAACUUGCAAUAGAGCAUACUGGGAAAUAUGAUAAUGAUGGGCGUGAUUUUGCUUCAACUCUGGUUAUUAAUGCCAACACUGGGGUUCUUUUACACCUCUGUGUUAAUUGAACUCUUGAAUCAACGCUAGAAAUGUUACACUUAAAAAUCAACACUAGUUAACAAUGGUCAAUUUGCUGUGUGCAAUGAAAGGGACACUGCAGGCUUCCAUACAUUUAUAGAACCUUUUAGAAUUCUGAGGAACAGUAGAUGCCAUGUCAAGAACCCCACACUCAAUGUUCUUUAUCGGGCAAGACGGGGUACUAUCACGGUCAGACAGGGCUGUGUGUGUGUGUGCGCGUGUGUACCCAGCCCCACUCGGCCUAUCAGAGGGCCUGGCUAAUUCACACCACUGAUUUAUAUGCAUCACCAGUCCACCUAUCAGAUCAAACGCUGCUUCAUUACCAUAUCAUUAUCAGCAGAGGAGUAGUGGACAUGGGGAGGAGAGGGAGGAGAGACCGUGUGUACGUGAGGACUUGAACCCUGCAUGGUCUCCCCUUUCUCUCUAAUCUAUUUAUUUUAUAUGUAUCAAAUAGGUAUGACGUCUCUCUCUCCUCUCCCUCACCCAACUUUCCUCCCUCUCAGGUCCUCCCCCUACCCCGCUCUCCCUCCCUCUCCUACCCGUCUCUCCUGUGAGGCUGGUCUGUGUGUUUGUGUGCAGUGUCAAGCCUUUCAAUAGGUCACCCUGUGUUUGUGUACUGACAGACUGAGGACUCCGGACAGACCAUGGCUAGUCAGCGGCAUUGAUGCUUUUCCUCUUUUCGCCCUCACAAAGCAAAACGUCCCACUGCAGGGUGUGUCCAGGUAUCGAUUAGACUGGUGUGUGCGUGUGUGACUGUGCGUUGUGUUGUGCAUAUGCUUGCCUGUCUCUUUCUGUGUGCUCAUCAGCCUGUAUACACACACAGGAGAUCUAUUCCAACGUUAGCCUUUUAUAUGCACUGGAGGGCGGUUACACCGUCGACCCACAAAGGUCCUUGACCACACCAAAAGCACAAAAGCACAACUGAAAAUAAAAGCGGAAAUGGUGUGACUAUCAGCUAUUAAACCGAUAUUGUGCCAGUAACCGAAAGGUCGCUGGUUCUAAUCCUCGAGCCGACUAGGUGAAAAAUCUGUCGAUGUGCCCUUGAGCAAGGCACUUAACCCUAAUUGCUCCUGUAAGUCGCUCUGGAUAAGAGCGUCUGCUAAAAUGACUAAAAUUAUAUCAAAAUCAACCCUUACAGCCAAACCUACAAAUUAUGCUUAGGCUGUCAUGGGCUCCCUAUAUUAAGUCAUAUUGCUUUGUAUCUGCUAUUGUCUUUGUUGUGAUACAUCAAGACUAAUGGACGAGCAACAAUAGAUGUGCUGCUGUUCUCUGCUGCUGCUGUUGUGGUUUGAUGUGAUGUGAUGGAUGAUGAUUGAUGUGACAGGCCCAUCCCUCCUUUCUCUCUUCUUCUCCCUCCUCUCCCUCUUUUCCCUCCUCUCCCUCCUCCUCUCGCUCUUGUCCAUCCUUUCCCUCAGGCCUGAAGCCAGUGGCUGGGAUAGGGAUUGGGAGUGGUCAGUCAUUUAGAGGAGGGAGGAGAUGCUGUUACGAUGCUCACAUCAAUUCCCUCUGAGAGAUUGGAUGAGGGUGGGGGCAGGACGUAUUACUGACCUCUGUCUACUGCAUCACCAUCAGAGAAGAGCCAUCCAUUCAGUGUCUGAAUCAGAAACAAUCCUUCAAUCUGUGUUUCUGAAUCUAUUUAUCCUUCAUUUCACCAGGGAGUCUCUAGAGAUUAAAAAAACGGUGUCUCCCUGAAUUGAAUGAUACAGCAAGUUAGACCAGGGUUUCUUAAACUAUGGGUCGGGGCCCAAAGUGGGCCCUGGGCAUGAGAGAGGUGGGUUGCGAGUUAUGAGAAUACAUCUAUAAUGCACACUAUUUCUUGUUAAUUUGGGUCGUUAAAGGACGAUUCGGGUCAUAGCAGGAUAGUCAAUUUCUCAUUUGGGUCUCGAGCUGAAAAAGUAUAAGAACCCCUGAUAGGCAGAUUUGUCUCUAGCCAGCCCCUUUGCUUCACCAUGAAACAGUUCAGUUUGGAUUCCAGGCUAGCCAACUCCUUUGUCGUUGUCAUAAACGUUAUGUAAGACAGUGACAAAGGAGUUGAGUUUAAAACAGAAAGCGAUCUGGUGUCUGUCUGGCUGUAACAUCAAAGGGAGUCAGUUCAGUCAAUGUCUGGUCUCAUCUGCUCUGUCUUUGUCUGUCAGAUGCCUCAUGUGUUCCUGACUCCUCAUCAGGGACAUACGUCUCUGUUUUUGGGGGAGAUUAAAUCUCCCAUCUUUUAUUGGCUUUCUGUGUCUUCAUAAUUCCAGCCCGCUGUGUCUUUUUAGGCAGCAACAAUUAAUUCAGGCCUGGCUUUUAUUGAUUAAUCAAUGGAAGGGAUGCAGCGUCUCUGUAUUUCUCCACUGCACCGCACACACACACACACACACACACACACACACACACACACACACACACACACACACAGAGAGACACACACAGACACACACUUUCUGCUCCGCUCGACUCUUUCCUCCUGCUGCUUCCUCCUCUCCUGCCUUGGGGUGGUGGGGAGAGAGAGGAGCAUCGUGGGACUUGUGGUUUAUCUGACUGUGUAAAGGCCUCCAUUUAUAAAGAACAACAAAAAGAUUCCUUGGCCUCGGCUUAACACAUUACCGCUUGUCACCGUGGUAAUGGAUAGCCUCUGGCCCCGGCCUCUGGCUCCCAGCCGACACACCACACACACACAACGUCCCACACACCGACACACCGACACCGACACGGAUGGGCUAGUGGAGCAGUAGCAGGUUAGUAUUGAUGAGGCCCCAAGACCCAGAAUCCAUAAGGGCCCUGACCCCUGACCUUUGAGAGCCUUUAAACUGGCCAUUAAUGGGCCGUUCUUUCAGUGUGUGUGUGUGUUUUUUGUGUGUGUGUGUGUGUGUGUGAGGGGAGGGGAGGGGGAGGGGCUAAAGCACUGUCUAUUCCUGACUGCUCCUAAAUGCCAACGCACAUCUAUAUCACAUUUAUUAGCCAGUAAUUAUCUCACACAUUUAUUUUGAUAUUCAUCUCAGACAGAUGGACAGGUUAUGGUAUCACCCAACAGAGUGUUAUAUCAUUUCUGUGGUCGAUAUGUCUAUACAAAAUGAAUCCAUACCAAUUUGUGAAUCGAGAAUCUCUCUUAAAUAUAAUAUAUCCCAGUCAGAGGAGGUUUGUGGGUUUUUUGGGAACCUCAUAUGACCUGAACAUUGAAAUUCAGCCUACAGCCAUCCAGGGUUUAAUCCAGCCAAUUUCCUCUUUCUCUGUGUAGAUUAUCCACCCGUAUCCCUGUAAACCUGUUCUCUCUCCUCCUCCUCUUCCUCCUCCUCUCCUCCCCCUCUCCUCUCCUUUCCUCCUCCCUUUCUCUCCCCGGAGCCCAGUCAUCAGGUUGUUGCUCCUGUUCUUGUCAGUGUAAUGGGCCGACCAGUCUCACUGCUACACCAAACACACAAACUGACACACACUGACACGCACAGACAGACGCGCACACACACACACACUCACUCACACACACACUCUGAUACAGGCUGCUAGACAGAGCACACACACUGACAGGCAGGGAGCAGGAGGGAAAGAUAGAUGGAGGAGGGAGGUGAGAUAGAGAGACAGGUGUAGAAAGAGAGGAGGAGGAAGGAAAGUAGAGGAGGAGGAGGAGAAGAAGAAGGCAGAGAAAUAGAGAGAGCAGGAGAGAUAGAGAAAGAAACAGUCAUUCUGAGGAGCAGGUAAGUGAGACAAGUGCCCUUUCAUUCGCCCUCCCUCCAUCCCUCCCUCCAUCCCUCCCUCCAUCCUAGCUAUUCCUGGCAGAAUACUCACUGCCUGUCUGUACUGAGGAGGUGGACUGGAGGCUGUUGCUGGGGCUGGAGGCUGGGCAGUGACAAAGCAAUGUUUUGGGUAGAGUAGAUGGGGCAGUGUUACAGAGAAGUUGGGUAGUUGGGAGAUGUUGUCGGAAAAUGGAGGCCCAGAGAAGUCUUAUUAGGUAGUGUUGUAGUGCCGUGGAGAGAGAUGUAUCUCGGACAGUAGUGUUAUGAGUCGAGGUUGACUGAAGUCAUGUAUGUAGUCUACUGUUAUUGGUUAGUGGAGACCCAGACCAUGGGGUAGCAGAGUAGAGGAAAGCGUUGGCCACAUCCAGCUAUGUUUCCCCCUCAGUUCACCCCACUGCACAUUGCAGGAUCGUCCCCAGCCCGGCAAGGCCCAGCCUGCCGCGACAGAGCACAUUGACCCGUUCAGUCUCCUCUCCACAAGCUUCAAGGAGGAGGGAGGGAGGGAGGGGGGAGCCACCAUGGAGAGGGAGGGGUUACCAUGGCAGUAUCCCCCAGGUGUGGCCCUGCUUAGUGGGCUAGGGAAGGAAGGAAGGAAGGAAGGAAGGAAGGAAGGAAGGAAGGAAGGAAGGAAGGAAGGAAGGAAGGAAGGAAGGAAGGAAGGAAGGAAGGAAGGAAGGAAGGAAGGAAGGAAGGAAGGAAGGAAGGAAGAAGCCAGUGGGUUGGUGGUAGGUGCUGGUUGAUGAUGGUAGAUGGUGUGUUCGUGCUGGGUCUGCUGAGACAGAUAGGGAGGAGGGAGGAAAGGGCUUGGUUGAUGAUGGUAGAUGUGUUGCGUGAGACCUCUAGCCUUGCAUUUUGUCAAACCUCUCAGCUGUCAUCUCCUAAUUGGGUAGUCAUGCCCUGAUUGGAGCCUCCAACCCCCAGCCCCCAGCCCCCAGCCCCCAGCCCACAGCCACCAGCCCCCAGUCCCAAAACCCCAAGCCCCCUCCCUGGCCUUUCCCCAGCCCCUGACCCCACUGUGGCCUUGCCCCAGUCUAAUCCAGCAGCCCCCAAUCCUCCAAUCCUGGCCUUUCCCCAGCCAGCAGCCCCCCCAGGGCCAGUGAAAGGAUGGAAGGGGGGUCAGUGGAGGGAACCCCACUUUGGGGUCUGUGGGGUGGGCGAAGGCUGCAGGAUAGAGGCUGAUUCACCCUGACAGGACUGGCUCUGUGAUGAGUUUAUCUAAAUGCAAAAAAAGGACCUGUACCCUUUGGAAGGGUCACGAGGCUGUCUAGCACAGACACACACACACACACGGACACACACUACACACACACACACACGGACACACGCUACACACACACACGGACACACGCUACACACACACAUGGACACACUACACACACUACACACACACACGGACACACUACACACACACACAUGGACACACACUACACACACACACACGGACACACUACACACACACAUGGACACACACUACACACACACGUACACGUAAGGACACAAACACACGUAGGCGUACAGACACAUUGACGGACACAGACGGACGUACACAUGCACACACACAGGCACAAUCAGUGAGUUAAAGAUGACCUAUUUUCUAUACCAAGCUGUUUCCAGAUGCAGGACAGAAGUGGCUUGGGAGCAUGUUGUGACCAUUAAGCUGCAUUCGUUGGGGGAUGGGGGUUGUGUGUUUGUGUGUGUGUGUGUGUGUGUGUGUGUGUGCUUACUUCUCCCUUGAACAUUUAACAUUAAAAACAGAGGUUGAGAGUCAGGGGGAAGAGAAUCAGCUCAGAGACAUACUUAACAGUCAGAAAUCUUUAGAGCUGAGUGCAUCUCUGUAUCUCUCUCACUUUGUGUGUGUGUGUGUGUGUGUGUGUGUGUGUGUGUGUGUGUGUGUGUGUGUGUGUGUGUGUGUGUGUGUGUUUCAGCCGCACCUUCUCAUUCUCACCCACUCAGCUUAUAUAGUAUUUUCCUCAUCAUCAUAAUCAGACCAAUCAUAUACAGCAUUUUAACAACUCUCAUUAAGGAACCAGAGAGUAGGAGGAAGAAAGCUUUGAAGAGAUAGAUAGAAGGGGAGAGAGAAAUAGAGAGUUGGAGGGGGAGAGAGAGAGAGAGAGAGAGAGAGAGAGAGAGAGAGAGAGAGAGAGAGAGAGAGAGAGAGGAGAGAGAGAGUGAGAGAGAGAGAGAGAGAGAGAGAAAGAGAUGGUGCAAUGAAGAGAGAGAGAGGGUGAAGAGAUAGAUGUUCCACAGCUUAAGGCCCCAGUGUGAGUCAUAUCCUGUGGCCAAGCUGUCAGUCAGUGUGGGGAUAGGGGCACUGAGACCAUGCUGAGUGACAAGCUCUGGAGGGGAUUGUGUGUGUGUGUGUGCACUGAGAAGCCCUAAGGGGGGUAGACAGGGCAUGACAGAGGAAUGGAACGAGGAUUUUUCUGCCACUCUGUCGCCAGCAGUAGCUGUGUGUGUGUCUGUGUAUACCAGCAGCAGUAGUGGUGGAGUCAGUGUUGACAGUGGAGGUCACAGUUAUCAGUCCCACCACCAGAACCCAGCCUACAGAUAUACCCGCCUACAGAGGGGAUGUAGCCUAUAGCCUACAGAUAUACCCGCCUACAGAGGGGAUGUAGCCUAUAGCCUACAGAUAUACCCGCCUACAGAGGGGAUGUAGCCUAUUGACUACAGAUAUACCCGCCUACAGAGGGGAUGUAGCCUAUUGACUACAGAUAUACCCGCCUACAGAGGGGAUGUAGCCUAUAGCCUACAGAUAUACCCGCCUACAGAGGGGAUGUAGCCUAUUGACUACAGAUAUACCCGCCUACAGAGGGAUGUAGCCUAUUGACUACGGAUAUACCCGCCUACAGAGGGGAUGUAGCCUAUAGCCUACAGAUAUACCCGCCUACAGAGGGGAUGUAGCCUAUAGCCUACAGAUACAGUGGGGGAAAAAAUUAUUUAGUCAGCCACCAAUUGUGCAAGUUCUCCCACUUAAACAAUUUCUCAAUACUUUGUUAUAUACCCUUUGUUGGCAAUGACACAGGUCAAAUGUUUUCUGUAAGUCUUCACAAGGUUUUCACACACUGUUGCUGGUAUUUUGGCCCAUUCCUCCAUGCAGAUCUCCUCUAGAGCAGUGAUGUUUUGGGGCUGUCGCAGGGCAAAACAGACUUUCAACUCCCUCCAAAGAUUUUCUAUGGGGUUGAGAUCUGGAGACUGGCUAGGCCACUCCAGGACCUUGAAAUGCUUCUUACGAAGCCACUCCUUCGUUGCCCAGGUGGUGUGUUUGGGAUCAUUGUCAUGCUGAAAGACCCAGCCACGUUUCAUCUUCAAUGCCCUUGCUGAUGGAAGGAGGAUUUCACUCAAAAUCUCACGAUACAUGGCCCCAUUCAUUAUUUCCUUUACACGGAUCAGUCGUCCUGGUCCCUUUGCAGAAAAACAGCCCCAAAGCAUGAUGUUUCCACCCCCAUGCUUCACAGUAGGUAUGGUGUUCUUUGGAUGCAACUCAGCAUUCUUUGUCCUCCAAACACGACGAGUUUAGUUUUUACCAAAAAGUUCUAUUUUGGUUUCAUCUGACCAUAUGACAUUCUCCCAAUCCUCUUCUGGAUCAUCCAAAUGCACUCUAGCAAACUUCAGACGGGCCUGGACAUGUACUGGCUUAAGCAGGGGGACACGUCUCGCACUGCAGUAUUUGAGUCCCUGGCGGCGUAGUGUGUUACUGAUGGUAGGCUUUUUGACUUUGGUGCCAGCUCUCUGCAGGUCAUUCACUAGGUCCCCCCGUGUGGUUCUGGGAUUUUUGCUCACCGUUCUUGUGAUCAUUUUGACCCCACGGGGUGAGAUCUUGUGUGGAGCCCCAGAUCGAGGGAGAUUAUCAGUGGUCUUGUAUGUCUUCCAUUUCCUAAUAAUUGCUCCCACAGUUGAUUUCUUCAAACCAAGCUGCUUACCUAUUGCAGAUUCAGUCUUCCCAGCCUGGUGUAGGUCUACAAUUUUGUUUCUGGUGUCCUUUGACAGCUCUUUGGUCUUGGCCAUAGUGGAGUUUGGAGUGUGACUGUUUGAGGUUGUGGACAGGUGUCUUUUAUACUGAUAACAAGUUCAAACAGGUGCCAUUAAUACAGGUAAGUGGAGGACAGAGGAGCCUCUUAAAGAAGAAGUUACAGGUCUGUGAGAGCCAGAAAUCUUGCUUGUUUGUAGGUGACCAAAUACUUAUUUUCCACCAUAAUUUGCAAAUAAUUCAUUAAAAAUCCUACAAUGUGAUUUUCUGGAAAAAAAAUUCUCAAUUUGUCUGUCAUAGUUGACGUGUACCUAUGAUGAAAAUUACAGGCCUCUCUCAUCUUUUUAAGUGGGAGAACUUGCACAAUUGGUGGCUGACUAAAUACUUUUUUCCCCACUGUAUACCCGCCUACAGAGGGGAUGUAGCCUAUAGCCUGCAGAGAUGAGCCCUACAGAGGGGGCACGGCAGGACAAGACACCAGGAGGAGUAGGGGUCGACUGAGGAGUGACUGGAGUAUGGAAUUCAUACAAUGUAAUUCUAUUUAUAUCUGGUGGGAGAGGGUGAGGGAUACACUACUCCUCAGCGAUUCCUUAGCUAAGCGUCUUCAUCAUUUAGUUACUGUAUGUGAAUGACAUACAUAAGAAAAUAAUCGUACAUCAGAUGAGCUUGGUGGUUAUCCUAAAGCUAUGGGAUUUACUUUGGGUUACAGUCUGCGCCAGUCUAACGUAAGCCUUGUAUGUCCUCUUUUAACAUUCCUUACACUGCAACAUGGCUUCUCAUAGUACCGCGAGCCUGUGGUGCUGUGCAAUGGGAUUGAUAGUGUUAGGACCAAGAGACAUGGAUUAGGGGGACUAGGAGGAGAGAUAGAGGAGAUCAGGUGAGAUAGGAGCAUGUGAAAUAAUGGGAUAAGGGUGAGAUGGUGGGAGACAGGAUAGAUAGGGGGGGAUGGGAGGGGUUUAAGCAGUAAUCCAGGCCCCUAACCCUCUUAGAGGGGGGCAGAUGGAAAGAGGGAGAGAGGGAUAAAGGGAGAGAGGGAGAGGGGGUACAGAGAGGGACCUCUGCUCUGGCCCAGCGGGGGGGAGGAGGUGGGGUCCCCCAAUCUCAGGCUGCUACCAUAGCAACUGGGCCGGGGGAAGCUGAAAGAGAAAGGCUCUACAUUCGAUCAUGGGCUUAGAUCUAAGAGCACUUCUUGUCUGUUUCAGUGCAUUCCUAAUUCUUUUCUUUGCAUUGUACCAUUUGGGCCAGAGAGGGGGUUGGAUUUGGGUUUGUUUGGUUUUUUGGUAGUAGAUUGUGCAUGGUAGAUUGUGCAUGGUAGAUUGUAUGUAUCUUGGAUCCAGUCUAAAUCUCUGUGGGUUUGACUGAUGGUAAUGUCACCUCUGAUUUGGUGAUCUGCUGGAGGGGGUGGGGAUGUCAUUAGUUGGAGCGAUUUGAUUGGUCAGCAGUGAGGAAGUGGGAGGGUAGAAGGUGUCUGGGUAAAUUAGGUGAUGGAUCAUCUAGUGUUAUUAUUCAUGACAUCAGGGAGUGCAGGCACACAGUCCAACCCCAGACAACCCCGCACCUGCACCCCCAUCCAUCCCCAGCUAACCCCCAUAUCUCCCACCUGCACCCCCAUCUCCAUCCGUCCCUGGCCCUGCAUCGCACCCCCAUCUCCAGCCCAACCCCCAUAUUGCCUAAUCAGCUGGAAAAACGAAAACCACAACCACCUGCCCGUCUGUCCCUGUCCUAACCAUCCCAUCUCUUCAAUAAACCUGACACCUCUGUGCCUCCAGUCCAUAGACAAAAUGAGCACUUAAAAGAAUGAUGAAGUUGGUAUGCAUUUUAGUCUGUUGUUCUCUAGCUCCAAUGUGAUGUAUUAGUAGUGGUAUGUACAGUAAGAUAGGUUAGUGUAUUACUUUAUGGUUAGAGUGUUACAGUAAGCCAGCCAAAACUAAUGGCUUUCUGGCUCAAUAUUGAGAUAAAUGAGCUGCUGUAUUUAAUAUCUAAUAUACAAGAGGAGGACGGUGUGUGUAUAUGUGUGUGUCAGACUCCCAGCUGCGUGCUUUUGGAGCCAGGAAUGCUGCACUCACUGUACAUCGCCCUGCACCUGGCCUAUUCACACACAAUGAGACGUUUCCAUAGCAACCAAGGCUGCAGUACAGGGGGGGUAGAUGAAUGGCAACUCUCUCUCUCUCUCUCUCUCUCUCUCUCUCUCUCUCUCUCUCUCUCUCUCUCUCUCUCUCUCUCUCUCUCUCUCUCUCUCUCUCUCUCUCUCUCUCUCUCCCUCCCUCUAUCUCUCUCUAUCCUUCUCUACCUCUCUCCUUCUCUCCCUCUCUCUGUCUGUGAUGUUGCAAUAACAAACAGUCUUGGGUUUGUGCUCUUCAGGAGAUUUAGGGGUGUGAGGCUGUUACUCCAACCCACCAGGGAUGCACUGUAACUGGGCCACAGAACCUGGGGCUCAGCCAGAGGAUGGAUGGGUGUACCACGGCUCUUUGGGAGUUGGAAGAGAAAAAGUUUAAAACACUGUUUCUCUCUCACAAAUCCUGGUCCCUCUGACUCUUUCUCUCUUUCUGCCCGUCUUUCUCUCUGUCACUCUCUGUCUGUCUGUCUCUCUUUCUGGUCUCAGUCAUAUCAUAGAGAGCCCUGCAAUUCCAAUCUAACCCUCCACCUACUCACACACACAGACACAUAGACACACACACACACACACACAUACACUGUGUGUCUACUGUAAAACCCAAUUACAGGAUGGUCCGUCAGCUCAGCAGCAGCAGGGCUAGUCUCUCCUGGGUCACCACGGAGACGAGGAAAAGCAAUAACUCCACACUUGACCCUGCUGCUCUUUUAUUGCCCAGAAUCCCUUUCACACAGACACACACUUCACGCCAACUUCACUUCACAAACGUGCCGUCAAAUCUAAUCUGAGUGGAAACUGCUGCGGUUUUCAUGCCCUCUUCCAUCCCUCCAUCCUUCCCUAGAGGAGGAGAGGCGGAAGAGAGGAGCAGGAGGAGGAGGUGAAGUAGAAAGUGGGGGUUUAAUCAACUUAUCUCAGAGAAGAGGAGAGAAAGGGGGGAGAGACCAGAAGCAUACAGUGACCCGGGGCGAUAUGGUAUUGAUUGUCUUCCUUCUGGAACCCCCUCAUCUCUUUCUCUCACUCAUACAGACAGAUAGACAGCUUCACUGAUGGAUGGCUGGACACACACACACACACACGAAGAGAUACAGUACUUUUAGUGAUAGUCUCGCUCUAGUUUGUAUAGUACAGAUGUAGGAUCUUCAUUUGAGCCAGUUUUCUACAGCAGGUAAAUAAUCCUGCAGCAACAGGAAAUGUGCAUUUUUAUGUGGAUUAUAAUUAAUGGACAUUUUUGUAGGGGUUGAUACAUUUUUUGUUAGGGCAAAUAAAGUCUGAAAUUUCAAAGUGGAAAUUACAAACGUUAGAAGCAUUUGAAAAACUCAAAUACACUACUAUUUCCUGCUUUUCAGGAAUAUUCUCAGUAACAAAAGAGUGAUCAAAUUAAGAUCCUACAUCUGUAGAAGUGUACUUCGAUAAUGUUUACUCCCAGUGGGUGUUAGAUAACGUAAUAUCUUUCCAUCUAGCAUCUCAUCCCUGUGACCAUAGAGACAGUGUUGUUAUUGUUUGUUUUGGUGGUUGUGCCUCUACUGGCAGUGUAGAGAUGCUGUCAGUGUGUUUACUCCUCUCUCUGUCUCUCUCUAUCUCUCCCCUCUCUCUCUCUCUCUCUCUCUCUCUCUCUCUCUCUCUCUCUCUCUCUCUCUCUCUCUCCCCUCUCUCUCAUCUCUCUCUCCUUCUCUCUUUCAGUUCCUCUCUCUCUCUGUCCCUCUCUCGCUCUGUCCUCCCUGGCCACACAUUUCCUCAUAGAUCUGGACUCAAACGUAAAUGUCCUUGUCGUCAUUGUGGUUUUAACAGAACUUUAGAACAGUAUGUGUAGAAUGUGUAUUACUGUAAAGUCUUGCAUUCUGAUUGUGUAACUGGUUGUUGGUGGGACUGUGGUGCAUUAUGCUGUGCUGUGUUCCUGUGCAUAGGAGUGGAGGAAGUUAGGUCAUAGAUUACUAUAUAACAGAAAUGUAUAGACUGCCAAAAUACUGUAAGCCUACACACACACACACACACACACACACACACACGUAAGAAAGGGUUUUAGUUAGAAAGGACUUCUUUUAAAUCAGGUUAAUGAGUGUUGGAUUCCAUGUACUGCAUUGUACUGUGUUUGUGUGUGUGUGCGCGCAUACUUUCAUACGUUCCUGCGCAUGUGUGUGUGUGUGUGUUGCGUGCAUGUGUGUGUGUAUGUGUGUGUAAUGAAUAGUACCAGUUUAACUGGCAUCACUGCUGUCCUGCUAGCCUGAGGUAUGAGCGUCUGUCUCACAGGUGUGUGUUUCCUGUUCCCUCUAGUUCUCCAAGGAGAAGUACCUGCUGGAGUCUCCACCAGAGAAACUACGCAAGGAACUGGAGGAGGAGCUGAAACUCUGCAGCAGCGAUAUCAGGAGCCAUGGCUGGUACCAUGGACACAUCCCUCGAGAGGUACACACACAUACAGACUACACACACAUUUGCACACUUAAAGCAAGUGUGCACACACACACAAAGAAAGAGUGGUUAUCUACAUGCAUACUGUUGUCUUCUUAGUUAGUGACGUUUAAUGCACAAUAAAAGUCUCAUACUUUCGUUUUUUUGCCGCCUUAUAACCUUCCACUGUAGUAUUUAUUGACUUGUCAAAUGUUCCACACACACACACACACACACACCGGUGUGGCCCCACAGUCCUCCUGACACCCAUCCACACUCCUCCCUCUCUCUCUCUCUCUCUCUCUCUGUAGUGUGAGUUGAACCAUCUGGGAGGCUCCCUCCCUCCCUAUGUGAUGCUUCAGUACAUUAACAUAAUGCUACAUUCACACUGGAGUAAACAGACAGAACAGGGGGAACCCGUGGCUCACCCUCACUGCUAAAACAAUACACUGUCUCCAUGGUGAUGGGCUCUCACGCAGCCAGCUGCAAGCAGCAGCAGCCCUGUCUGUGUCUGUCUGUCCCUGCUGCUGCUGCUGCUGCUGGUGAUUGUGGUGGUCUGGCCUGUAGUAACAGCUCCCCCUGCUGGCCAUAUGAAGAAAGGCUUUUCUAUGGAAUUACACCUUUAGACAUGGUGUAUUCCUCACUAUGUCCCCUAUUAUAUCAUGCCUCUUCAUAACAGUUCUCACAGGAAAUAUUAGUUGUGUAAGCUAUAUUUCCACACUAGAUGUGUGCUAAACAUUGACUUAGAGCCACUUUGUGUACAGUUCUUUUCAGACAUACAGUAUAAAGGGUACCUCAUAACAAUCUAACAAUGUUAUAAUAACUUUUAAUCAUGUUAUGAAAUAACCCUCCUAAUUCCGUUCUGUCAACCUCCAGCUAUCAGAGACUGUAGUCCUGCAGAACGGUGAUUUCCUGAUCCGUGAUUCGCUGAUUAACAUGGGCGACUACGUCCUAACGACUCGCUGGAACCACGAGGUUCUGCAUUUUAAGAUCACCAAGGUCCUGGUCAAGUCCAGCACUGAGUCUAAGGUAUGUAUUGUAACUUGCGGACCUGGGUUCGAAUACUAUUUCAGGUAUUUCAAUUACUUUUCAAUACAUUUCAAAAUAAGUAUUUAAAUAAUAUUUAUUUGAAAAAACAAGUAGUAAUACUAUUUGGAAAGUAUUGCCAUGUAUUUACAAUUACUUCAAAUACAUAUCAUUGGAAGUAUUUGACAGAGUAUUUUCUAAUAAAUCUUUGAAAAUAAUUGUGAAUGUACGUAGUAAUUUUAUUUGAAAUAACAAACAACUUAACAUAAAUAGGUCUUGUUUCACUGUUUAAUCACAAUAUGCAGCCCAUUUUUAUUUUAUCUUUAUUUAACUAGGCAAGUCAAUUAAGAACAAAUUCUUAUUUACAAUGAUGGCCUACACCGGCCAAACCCGGACGACGCUGGGCCAAUUGUGAGCCGCCCUAUGGGACUCCCAAUCGCGGCUGGUUGUGAUACAGCCUGGAAUCGAUCCAGGGGGUCUGUAGUGACGCCUCAAGCACUGAGAUGCAGUGCCUUAGACCGCUGCGCCACUCGGGAGCCCAUACUUUACAUUGGUGUCGCAUGAAAGAGGGCAAGAUGCAAUGUUACAUUUAAAAAACAUCUGAGUUUCAAAAAGCUCGUCAGACAUUGAGUAGCAAUCUGGUCUGAAGAUACGCCCUCCAAUGCUGAAAAGCAGCGCCACAGCUGCAGAGGAUGCUGGGACAUGUAGGUACAGCAGUAAACUCCACUCAGUGUUUGGUAUGUUUGACUGUGUGUCUUCCAGAAUUUCAGAGGAUAAAGCUUGGUGGAAGAUAUGGGGUGAUGAGGUAAUCAUCAAUUUCUCGAUCCUUUGGAGUACAUGCAGCCACGCUUGGUUUUUCCAUGCAACCGAACAGUGUGUCCAAUCAACUUUGUUGGUGGUGGGGGCUCACUGUGUGGGACAUCCUGUGUUGUGCUGGUGAACUUUGUGUCCAGAUCUGCACUAAGGGCAGCCUUCUCAGUGGCAUUGCACCAUGCCAGUUUAAAGCGUGGAUCCAAGACUGAGGCAAUCUGGUAUGGCUUCUUCUGCUCAUAAACAGUCAGGCGCUUCUCAACUGCUUCUUUCAGGUUUUUGACAAGCUUUCCAUUGUACCUGGUAGAGCAAUUGGUGAGAUGUUUAGUCAGUCCUCUGAUGCAUGGAAUGAUGUAGCUGGCUAUGAUGAUGUCAGAUCCUUGCACACAAUCUGUGGCAACCUCAAAGGGGGUUAGGAUGUCCACAGCAUCAGCACUGACAUACUUCUUGUGCAUGGAUAGCUUGGUGACAGGCAGUGUGUUAUGCUUUUCUUCACCCGCAUCGAGAAAUAAUUUUCAGUUGAGAGUUCCACUUUGUGACAGUGGCUGGUUGCAGACAAUUCUUCCCUUCAAAGAGAUCCUGUGCAAAUGUUGACUUGCAGUAGUGGGACAGAUUCUUGGAGGCUUUGGAAAUGGCUUUGUUGAGGUUAUCUGCAUAUUUAAAGCCAUAUAAACAUUUUAGAGCAGUAUUUGAGGGUAUUUGAAAUGUUUGGGAAGAAAAUAUUUGAAAAUUGUUUCAAAUAGUAUUCCAGGAAUGUAUUAGAAAAUACUUUCAAAACUAUUUGGUAGACAAUAUACACUACCAGUCAAAAGCUUGGACACACCUACUCAUUCAAGGGUUUUUCUUUAUUUAUUACUAUUUUCUACAUUGUAGAAUAAUAGCGGAGACAUCAAAACUACGAAAUAACACAUAUGGAAUCAUGUAGUAACCAAAAAAGUGUUAAACAAAUCAAAAUAUAUUUUAUAUUUGAGAUUCUUCAAAGUAGCCACCCUUUGCCUUGAUGACAGCUUUGCACACUCUUGGCAUUCUCUCAACCAGCUUCACCUGGAAUGCUUUUCCAACAGUCUUGAAGGAGUUCCCACAUAUGCUGAGCACUUGUUGGCUACUUUUCCUUCACUCUGCGGUCCAACUCAUCCCAAACCAUCUCAAUUGGCUUGAGGUCGGGUGAUUGUGGAGGCCAGGUCAUCUGAUGCAGCACUCCAUCACUCUCCUUCUGGGUCAAAUAGCCCUUACACAGCCUGGAGGUGUGUUGGGUCAUUGUCCUGUUGAAAAACAAAUGAUAGUCCCACUAAGCGCAAACCAGAUGGAAGGCGUAUCACUGCAGAAUGCUGUGGUAGCCAUGCUGGUUAAGUGUGCCUUGAAUUCUAAAUAAAUCACUGACAGUGUCACCAGCAAAGCACCCCCACACCAUCACACCUACUCCACAAUGCUUCACAGAGGGAACCACACAUGUGGAGAUCAUCCGUUCACCUUCCGUGGUUGGAACCAAAAAUCUCAAAUUUGGACUCAUCAGACCAAUGGACAGAUUUCCACCGGUCUAAUGUCCAUUGCUCGUCUUUCUUGGCUCAAGCAAGUCUCUUCUUCUUAUUGGUGUCCUUUAGCAGUGGUUUCUUUGCAGCAAUUCGACCAUGAAGGCCUGAUUCACGCAGUCUCCUCUGAACAGUUGAUGUUGCGAUGUGUCUGUUACUUGAACUGUGUUAAGCUUUUAUUUGGGCUGCAAUAUCUGAGGCUGGUAACUCUAAUGAAUUUAUCCUCUGCGGCAGAGGUAACUCUGGGUCUUCCUUUCCUGUGGCGGUCCUCAUGAGAGCCAGUUUCAUCAUAGCGCUUAAUGGUUUUUGCGACUGCACUUGAAGAAACGUUCAAAGUUAUUGAAAUGGUAAUUUAUUAUAAUUAGUGUUACCCUACGUCAUACUUCUAUCAUGUUCCAAUACAUCAUUAUAUAUUACAAGAUGGGUAAUCAUUUAAUGUAACUCAAACAAUUGCAGUGCUGCUUUUCACAUUUAUUCUUAUAACAAGACAUGGACUGAUGCAGAACCUACAUCUCCAUGUAAAUGCAACUGGUAUCUUAGUGGAAGACACACAAAGGAUGCAGUUUCAACUCUGUUACACUGUCAGUAAUUACACUGCUCUUUUAUUAAUAGCAUAAAUGAGAAGUAUAGUAAACGAACAAAUGAAAAUGGCAGAUACUGCUCUUUGCUUUGGUAUUACCCUGCAAUUUGUAACAUAUCAUGCCAAGGAAGAAGGCAGUUACUGCCGUUUAAGGGUCAAAGGUAAUGUCAGAAGUCAGGGUCAACAUGAAUAAAAAAUGAACUCAUAGUAAGACAACAGAUCACUACAUCUCCAAUGAUCUCCCUAGAAUUCAUUUGGCUGGACAAUUAAAAAAACUUUGAAGCCAUUUUUCUCAGUUCCACACUAUGAGCAGUUACUGCCUUUAUGCUUGGUAGGGCAGUUCUGUGUACCUACCUUGUCACAACACAACUGAUUGUCUCAAACGCAUUAAGUUUUAACAAGGCACACCUGCUAAUUGAAAUGCAUUCCAGGUGACUACCUCAUGAAGCUGGUUGAGAGAAUGCAAAGAGUGUGCAAAGCUGUCAUCAAGGCAAAGGGUGGCUACUUUGAAGAAUCUCAAAUAUAAAAUAUAUUUUGAUUUGUUUAACACUUUUUUGGUUACUACAUGAUUCCAUAUGUGUUAUUUCAUAGUUCUGAUGUCUUCACUAUUAUUCUACAAAAAAACAAAAUAAAAACCCUUGAAUGAGUAGGUGUGUCCAAACUUUUGACUGGUACGGUGUACACUACCGGUCAAAAUUUUUAGAACACCCCCAUUUUUCCAGUUUUUAUUGUAAUCUAAGCAGUUCAAGUCCAGUGAGUAACCUGAAAUGGUACAAAUGUAAGCGGUAAACUGCCAGAGGCAAAAUAUAUAUAUAUGUAGUUGACCAAAAACAGAAAAAUAAUGCAUUUUUCAGGGAAUAAGAAAUGGGUUAACAAUUUACAGCUGUUCUGCAGCAAUGGAAGUAAAUUAAGCCUUGAAAGUUGAUGCUAACAAUUCCUACAGGUGUCCCAACUUUUGUUGAUUACUUACAAACCCUCUGUCUUUAUAAAAGCAGUGUUGGAACAGACUGUGUUAAUACACCCUCUUAAGCAUUAUUUGGACAGUAUUGUACUGCAGGAAGUAGUAUAUUGUAAUCAAAAUGGCGAGAAAAAGGCAAUUAACAAAGGAAGACAGACAGACCAUUAUAACCCUUAAAAGUGUAGGUCUUUCCUUUAGAGAAAUUGCAAAGAAAGCCAAGGUGUCAGCGAGUACAAUUUCCUACACCAUCAAAAGGCACUUGGAAACUGGAGGAAACUCUGACAGGAAUAGGUCUGGCAGACCCAAAGCCAAAACAGAAUCAGAAGACAAGUUUCUCAGAGUCAACAGCUUGCGUGAUAGGCGGCUCACAGAACAACAGCUUCAAGCACAGAUUAACACUGGUCGAAGUAAGCAAGUCUCAGUUUCAACUGUGAAGAGAAGACUUCGAGCUGCAGGUUGGACAGGUCGAGCGGCAGUAAGAAACCAUUGCUAAGAUGGCAAAAUAAGAAAAAGAGGCUUGCCUGGACCAUGACGCACUGCCAGUGGACUACUGAAGACUGAAAGAAGGUAUUAUGGACCGAUGAAUAAAAAUAUGAAAUCUUCGGUUCAUCACGCAGGGUUUUUGUAUGCUGUCGAGUAGGCGAAAGGAUGGUUCCUCAGUGUGUGACGCCAACUGUCAAACAUGGAGGAGGAAGCGUGAUGGUCUGGGGCUCUUUUGCUGGAUCCAUAGUCAGCGACUUGCACAGAGUGAGUGGCACCCUGAACCAAAACGGCUACCACAGCAUUUUGCAGCGCCAUGCAAUACCAUCUAGUGUACGCCUAGUCGGUAAGGGGUUCAUCCUACAGCCAGAUAAUGACCCAAAACACAGAACUCAGAACUACCUUAGAAGAAAAUAACAAGACGGUAGGCUUCAAAUCAUGGAAUGGCCAGCACAGUCUCCAGACAUAAACCCCAUCCAGCUGGUUUGGGAUGAACUGGGCAGAAUGGUGAAAGCAAAGCAACCUACAAGUGCAACACAUUUGUGGGAACUUCUGCAACAGUGUUGGGAAGAACUUUCCGAACAAUAUUUGAUUUCCAUUGUAGAAAGAAUGCCACGAGUGUGUUCGGCUGUUAUGUCUGCAAAAGGUAGCUACUUUGAUGAGUCAAAAAUGUAGAUUACAUUUUGUUAAACAAAACGAUUCCAUGAUUUAUUUUUUGUCUCCAAUUGUUUAUUUGUUCUAUGCUUUAAUUUCAGAGUACAUUAAGACAUUAAACUGUGUGAAUUUCAAUAAAAACUGGAAAAAUUGAGGUGUUCUAAAACUUUUGACCAGUAGUGUGUAUAUAUAUAUAUUUUUUACAAAUAACCGUUCAAAUACUCAAAUAAAGGUAAUUGUUUGGGGCUGUGUAUUUGAAAAUACUAUUUUAAAUAACAAAUACUCAAAUACACAUGUAUUUAAACCCAGGUCUGGUAACUUCUUUCAUUUCUAUCAGGUUGUUUGAUCUAUGUUUGUUUGUAAUUUUAAGGUUUUAACCACGAGCUGAAGACAAAUAUACAUUUUAUGAAACAUUUUAACAGACGUAAAGGUCCAAUGCAACUGUUUUUAUGUCAAUAUCAAUUUAUUUCUGGGUAACAAUUAAGUACCUUAGUGUGAUUGUUUUCAAUUAAUAUGGUCAAAAAGAAACAAAAAUAGCUUCUUAGCAAAGAGCAAUUUCUCAAGCAAGAAUUUAGUUAGGACUGUCUGGAAGUGCACUGAGUGGGGAGGGGAAAACUAGCUGUUAUUGACAGAGAGGUUUGGAACUGUCUUUUUUACUGGUCUAUUAACUCUUAUACCGCCUGGUGAUGUCACCAGGCAGGCCAAAACUCCAUCCCACCAAAACAGGUUGAAAUUUCAGGCGGUCUUACACUAAAAGGGCAUUAUCAUAAUUUCACAAUUUCACAUUUUUAUUCCAACCUCAUAAUGUGGAUAUAUAUAUAAAACACAGGAAAAUUAUGUUUUUGACUGCACUGGGCCUUAAAGAUUUAGUGACAAGUCUAGUGAGUAAGAUGACUACAGAUGAACUAUUUUUAUAUUUUUAUGAUCUAUUGAUGAUCUGAUUGUUGUGUAUGAACCGUCGACUGUUGCUGUUUUGUACUGCUAUUUGAUUUUACUACUUAUAUUGUUGAUCGUCGUUUUUUGUCUUUGUGACUGUGUUGCAAUGAUUUGACAAGAGAGUAUUUCUUAUUUUAUCUUAAGGUCCAGUACCUGUUAGAGAAGGACAGCUUCGACUCCAUACCUGAACUGGUGAGGUUCUACGUGGCCGGGCGGCAGCCUAUCUCCCAGCCCAGUGGAGCCCAGAUCUACUGUCCAAUCAUACGCACCCUACCCCUGCGCUACUUGGAGGCCACGUUUGCCUUAGCCAAUAGCAGGCACGGCCUGGCCCACUCACCGUCCAGUCAGAGAGGAGCGUACAUCAAGAGGCGGAGCGUAACCAUGAACGACGGAUUGACCACGGAGAAGCUGAUACCUCACAGGUGAGAGAGGAGAGAUGGACUGACAUAGUAUCAUUAUUACACUCUCCUCUUCUUCUCUACAUUCUUGUUCAGUGUGUGUGUGUGUGUGUGUGUGUGUGUGUGUGUGUGUGUGUCUCUCAGUGGUGUAAAGCAGAUGUUUCAUUGCCCAUUCAUUCCCAUUGUGCGGUCAGUGAUGUGGAGUCGAUCUGUCCAGUGGAACCACCAGUUCUCCCAGAACCAGUAGCUACACCAAAGCCAGAAGUGAAGGCUGCUUUCGUGGGGUGCAGGUGGUGUGUGUAAGCCCAUUUGGGUCAGAACACCGGUGUUAUGACAGACCCCUUCCCACUCUCACCCCCUACCUCUGAUUCACUGAGAGCAUGUUAGAUCAGAGCCAUACUUUAGACUCUGUACAAUAUGGCUCCAUACUAAGCUAGUUGCUACCCAAGUCACUCUGACACUGAACUGUCUGCACAUCCUUAUAAUGCAUGACUGUCUGUUUCCUCUUCCUCUGCACAGCAACCCGAGGUCAAGCUGAGAGGUCAAGCUUAGCCUGGCCACAGAUCUGUUUGUGCGGUCUUGUCAACUUGUAUGGUCAUUGUCCAUACAAGUUGGCCUCCCGAGUGGCGCAGUGGUCUAAGGCACUAGCUGUGCCACUAGAGAUCCUGGUUCGAAUCCAGGCUCUGUCGUAGCCGGCCGCGACUGGGAGACCCAUGGGGCGGCGCACAAUUCGUCCAGGGUAGGGGAGGGAAUGGCCGGCAGGGAUGUAGCUCAGUUAGUAAAGCAUGGCGUUUGCAAUGCCAGGGUUGUGGGUUCGAUUCCCACGGGGGGUAUGAAAAAAAUUAAAAUAAUAAUAAUGUAUGCACUCACUAACUGUAAGUCGCUCUGGAUAAGAGCGUCUGCUAAAUGACUAAAAAUUGUUUUUUUUAAUUGUCAUGCAAACAUGACAUGACAGUGACCAUAUGAAUUGGCCAUGCAGUGCAAACAUUUACAUUUUACAUUUUAGUCAUUUAGCAGACGCUCUUAUCCAGAGCGACUUACAUGAGCAAUUAGGGUUAAGUGCCUUACUCAAGGGCACAUCAACAGAUUUUUCACCUAGUCGGCUCAGGGAUUAGAACCAGCGACCUUUCGGUUACUGGCACAACGCUCUUAACCACUAAGCUACCUGCCGCCCCACCAAACAGAUCUUGGACAAGGAUAAGGUUGACCUGUGUUUCACCUCUUAUUAGUAGACCAAUAGUGCAAAAUGUAUACCUGGCACUUAAGUUAAAAUAUAGACUUUUGGAGCAUUAAUCAAAUCAAAAUAAUCAUAUGACAACUCUCACGCUGUUCAUGGGAACCCAGCCAUAUAAAAACCAAUCGAAAAUGACUGUGUUGGUUUGUGUUUGCAGCCCUUCUACUAUUCACAACCACAAGGAUGCGAUGAGGAACUGUGCCAUGAGUAUGGAUCAGAUCCAGGAGUACCGCUGUCCCCUGUCUCCUGUAGGAGAAACACCUCUCUCCCCAGCAUACAGCCACAGUGAGUGUUAAUGUCAUGGAGAUGCAGAUUAUUUUAUAACGUGGUGAUGUGGUGCGUUUGAUUGAGCCUGCCUGUCUACAGUGUAAGAUGGGUAGGGUUGGGGUUUGUACUUUUGAGACUAUUCCAUUAGUUCCAUUGCCCCAGGCAAGCUCAAUCAAGCACAGCUAAAAAAAACAUUACUAAUUUAACCCACGUAUUGAAUAUAAAAUACAUGUUUGUAACCCCCCGCUUAUCUCCCCAGUCCACAGACACAGAACCCAGUCAGGGGGUAGAGUUCUGGCCGUGGUGCCCCCCUCCCCAGUCCUGAGACGCUCCAGCGACCCCCAGCUCAGCCCUGGCUCCAACAACAACCUACCUGACAUGCUAGCCGCCAGCUCCCACUCCACCCCGGCCCACUGCUCCUACCCAGCCCCAGCAGGGGGCUCUGAAACAGAGGGAAGCUACUGCGACCUCAGGCCCUCCCCGGCCCCAUGUCCUGGGGCUCCAUGUGCUGCCGGCGUGCCCCCCACACCUCCAGCUAAGAGCUACGUGGAGCGGCUGCGUGUGGAGGAGGGCCGAGGGCCUGCCCCAGGGAGGGAGGACGGUGCAGGGGCUGGGGGAGAGGCGUUCAGCGCCCCCCUGGUGGAGACUGCCUCCUCCUUCAGACCAGGGAAGUACCUGUCACCCCUGAUCCCCCAGGAGAACAAGCCCUUAGAGAUGAGCAUACUGAAGAGAGUCAAGGAGUUGUUGGCUGAGGUGGACGCUAGGACGGCUGCUAAACACAUCACCAUGGCUGACUGCACGGUAUGGACACGCAUGCAUACAGUAUGGACACACACCCAUAGGACUCUGAAUAGGGUUAUAAGGGCAGUAUUCUGGCAUUGUGUACCUUGGACCUCUGAACGUAACUCAGUAAUGUCACUAAUCCCCUACUGUCAGCCACUCUACUCUGUCACAGAGUGUUGCUCAAUUAACUCCUCUUAAUGGUAGAGCAGCAGAGAGCAACCUGAGGUUAAUACAGGGAUGACUAUGCUAUCCUCAGCACUAUUUACUCCACUCAUUAUUUGAUAAGAUUUGAAUUAAGAGCCAAUUAACCACCCGUCUCAGUGACCAUGAAUACAUUAAGAUAGAAAUUACAAUAAAACAUUCCUCUCCCACUCCCUUCCUAUCUCCUCUCUCUCCCUCUUCUCUCUCCUCUCUCCUCCCCUCCCCUCUCCUUCCCUCCCUCUCUGCUUCCUUCACUCACUCCUUCCCUCUAUGUUGUGCUUCCUCCUUCUGUCUGUCUGCAGGUUGCUAGGAUACUGGGCGUUACCAAGGAGAUGCAGAGGAUGAUGGGAGUAGGUUCAGGACUGGAGCUUUUGACUCUACCUCACGGACAUCAGCUGAGACUGGACCUACUGGAGAGGUAAGGGUUAAUAAUAAUAUAAUAUGUAGGGUUGUGGUUGCGGCGAGGGUUGAACUGGGAUGUGGACAUGAAGCUAGGGUUAGGGUUAGCUGAGACUGGACCUACUGGAGAGGUAAGGGUUAAUAAUAAUAUAAUAUGUAGGGUUGUGGUUGCGGCGAGGGUUGAACUGGGAUGUGGACAUGAAGCUAGGGUUAGGGUUAGCUGAGACUGGACCUACUGGAGAGGUAAGGGUUAAUAAUAAUAUAAUAUGUAGGGUUGUGGUUGCGGCGAGGGUUGAACUGGGAUGUGGACAUGAAGCUAGGGUUAGGGUUAGCUGAGACUGGACCUGAUGGAGAGGUAAGGGUGAAUAAUACUAAAUAUGUGGUUGUGGUUGCGGCGAGGGUUGACUGGAUGUACCAUGAAGCUAGUGUAGGGUUAGCUGGACUGGACCUGAUGGAGAGGUAAGUGUUCUAUAAUUAAUAUGUGGGUUGUGGUUGCGCGAGUGUUUAACUGGGAUUUUGACAUUAAGCUAUUGUUGGUUAGCUGAGACUGAACCUACUGGAGAGGUAAGGGUUAAUAAUAAUAUAUAGUAGGUUGUGGUUGCGGCGAGGGUUGAACUGGGAUGUGGACAUGAAGCUAGGGUUAGGGUUAGCUGAGACUGGACCUGAUGGAGAGGUAAGGGUUCAGUUCAAUGCUGGACAUAAAACAGCCAGAGAGUAUACGUUGUGAAAAUGAAACGUCCCUCCCGUCAUAGUCUCGUCCACCAGACGACUCUUUCUAUGUCGCAAUUAGCCUGGGGACGAGUUAACUCUCGUCAUUAGAAGUCAGUUCUGCUCCUCAACCAAGACUGUGUCCUCAUCUACCUUUCUCAACAUCUCUCGCUUCCUUCAUCUACCAUCCUGCCCCCCCCCCCCCCCCUCCCCCUGUCCUCCCCAGGUUCUACACUAUGUCUAUAAUGAUGGCUGUGGACCUGCUGGGGUGUACAGGCAGUACGGAGGAGAGGGCUGCUCUGCUCCAUAAGACCAUCCAGCUGGCUGCAGAACUCAAGAGCAACCUGGGGAACAUGUUCGGCUUUGCUGCUGUGAUGAGAGCACUGGAGCUGCCACAGGUAUAUGGACAUACAGCACACACACACACACACACACACACACACACACACACACACACACACACAUCAUAAUUAUCUUUUAAUUGGCAUUACUCAUGCUGUUCUAUCUCUCUGUCAGAUUUCUCGCCUGGAGCAGACAUGGAUGACGUUGCGUCAGAGACAUACAGAGGGAGCCAUCCUCUAUGAGAAGAAGCUCAAGCCCUUCAUGAAGAACAUGAACGAUGGCAAAGGUAUGGAGCUGGUGGCUCAGAUAGCACUUUUAUAAGGCACUCUGUCACAGGAGAGCACAGCGCACAAAGCAUGAUGUAUAUCUCACGGUGAAGGAAUGAAAAGAUGAAUCAUUAUUGAAAAGUCUCAAGAUAGACUCUUCUAUCUGAGUGUCUCUCUACCUGUCUACUAUAUGUUAUAUAGUAUUUCAGUGACCAGUGUUUCUAACUCUCUGUAUCUGUGUGUCCUCUGUGUAUAUUUAAGAGAGCAGUGUGCUGUCCAACACAUCCUUCCCUCACGUGGUUUGUCUGCUGUCUCUGCUGGAGAGGGGUGUGGCCGUGGGGGAGGGGCCAGGGGCGGGGAUAGAACCCUGGGAGAAUGUGGAGGCGGGCGUUGAUGUCGUGAUGUCACACCUGGAGGCGGCCCGGACCAUCGCUCACCACGGGGGGCUGUACCGCACCAACGCUGAGACCAAACUACAAGGUAAGGGUUCGGUGUGUGUGUCUGUGUCUCUCUGUGUGUGUGGUGUCACUGGUGUGUGUGUGGUGUCACUGGUGUGUGUGUUUGACUUGCACACACAAGGCCAGUUUCCCGGACCCAGGUCACUGUCUGAAGCUAAGAGAAUCUCAUUCACAGUGGCGACCCGUCAUUCAGGGCAGGUGGGGCAGAGCCGCAUACAAACAUGUUCUCUUUUUUGCUUUCUUGAGUAAGGCAGCUCCAAAAUGCAGGUGUUUCACCCUAGAUCAAUGCUUUCUGUGGUGAAGGGGCAGCCAGCGGAAAAUACAGAGCGGAGGGGUUGUUAAUCUUCUCUAGUUGCGCCGUGAUUGGCUCAGUGUUCUGUCACUCAUGGGGACACUACGUCACCGCAAAAUCUGACAGCUUGGAAGUUCAAGCCCCCUUGGGUGCUGCCAUAGAUUUACAUUAGAUGUGCCCAUCCAAGAAGGCUCAAUGUCAUUGGCCACAGAUAGAAUGACGUCAAAUCAUGUUAUAUCUACCGUAGCUUUGAUUGGACUGAUCAUGUCGACAUCAUACUUUCAAAAUCUUAGCUGGCAAGCUAGACAAGCAGUCAUCAUCAUGAAUCACGUCGACAAUCUACUGGCAAAUCCUUUUCAAUCCUUGUCAUAUGAAGAGAAAUUAUAGAUAAAACAUAUCGGUGCUCAUCGGCCAUUGGUCAUAAACAUUACACAACAAUUUGGAAAUCGCAAAUUCAACAAUGAGUGGUUUGGAAGGAAUCAGUGGCUAACUGCAAGCGUUGCAAAGCAAUCCCUAUUUUGCUUCCCCUGCCUGCUAUUCAGUGGAGACGGUAUGUGGUCCAAGUCUGUGUUUAAGGGUCUCUUUUCCAAGCUUAAAAGGAUAAACAUUCACACCCAACACCAUGGGCCAGAAAAGGUUGAAUACAUCGGCCAUGCUGUCAAGCCAGCAUGACUUCUGCCACGUUCAAAACAAUUGGAAACUUGGAACUGGGAAAUCUCAGACCAGUGAGUUCAAGACAACUGGGAACUCAGGAAAUACAUUUUGAAGGGUCAUCCAACUCGGAAUUUCAAGUCGGGAACUCUGGCUUCUUUCUAGAGCUCCGACCUGAAGAUCCCUGACGUCAUGAUUCGACCAUGUUUUUUUCAGAGUUCCCAGUUGUGUUGAAAGCACCAUCAAUCCAGAGAAUGCCAGACUUUGAUAACAAAGUUUCAUCACAAAAUUUCCCCACAAGAAGGGCCGCUGCGCCACCUUCCUGUUCAAGUGAGCACAGCACAACUGUGAGUCCAAAAAUGUAUUGUAUGCUGCUGCAGAAAUGAUGUAAUAUGCUAGGGAGAUGUGUAUACUGUCGCUAAGAAAGUAAUACUAAGUGUAUGUUGUGUAGUAAGCUGUUAGUAGCCCAUGUGCCUCACCCUAAUAAUUUGGUCCCUUUCCCCCUCAUAACUUAGCCUACUGUUCUGACUUGAUGGUGCACAUGUAGCCUAUAGCCUGUUUUAGAGGAAUGUCAUCAUAGAAUAUUGUAAGAGUUUUCAUUGUCUGGUUAUAUGACCCCUUUAUUUAUCCUACGGUUCUGACUUGGUGUACAGGGAGAAUACUGUAAGAACGGCCCAUGUUCUGAAUUCUGUCGCUGUACAUUUAAAACAUGCUGAACAAAUAGUUAUAUUGACUAUGUCCAUCUUAGCUCGCUCCUUAAUGUCUUAAUCGAAAUUACGGAUUGCCUCUUAUCCGCUCAUCGUCCCCCAUAGUUUGUACAUCUCAAUUGUCAGUAGAAACCACAUUUGUUUAAGCAAGUCAGCCGUAUCAGCUAUGUUUUUUUAAAAGGCAGUAAAUGAGGCUGAAUGAACUGUUUCGCUGCCAGACAAGGAUCUGCUGAUAGCCAUAUGUAGCAGUGGUAAGGAUUCACUACAUGGUGCUGAAAAGAAAACUCUGCUGUUGGGACAGCUUUAUGUAGGCCCUAACAGUUUGUGGGCACCGUUUGUCACCGUUAUAGUGCAAUUGUGUAGUGGCUUUACCGGCAUGCAUCCAAACAUUUUUGGGGAGUUUGCCCCACCAAGAUUUACAUUCUAAAAUCGCCACUGCUCAUUCAUCAUUCGAGAAUCACAGACUCAUCAAUCUCCAUCAGAAGUGCUUUUUAGUCUAGUGAUAGGAUUAGGCUUAAUCCAGGUCCAGGAAACUGUCCAUGGAGUAUAUAAUAGUAUUAUAGAGUAGAGUGCUGUGUCAGUUUUAUUGACAUAUUAUUAUGGACUAACCACUAAGGCCUUGUCUGAGUAGUGUCUGGUGUGCAUUGAUUUAUUUGACUGAGUAAUAACUGUAGUAUUGCGUUACAUCUCAAGUUGUUAUGUUGGUCCUUGAUGCUGAGGCAUCAUAAUAUCUGACGGUGUGGGUGUGUUCAAUAUGAUGUAUGUUAUGCUUCAUUGUCAUUGAUCUGAAAUAAUGAUUGAGGUGUUGUGUUGUGUACACCUGUGGUGGUGAUGGUUACAGUAUGUUUACAUUGAUCAUUUGUUCUUAUUGAUUCCAGUCCAUGCCGAUGACUGGUGUUUUGAGCAGGAUGUCAAUAGCUACCUUAACUAGCCUGUGUUUUCCACAAUGUCUUUAAUAUUGAUCUCUCUUCUCUUCUUUUAUCUUCUCUCGUAUGUUCUGUUUUGUUCUGUCUCCUCUCCUCUCCUCUCCUCUCCUCUCCUCUCCUCUCCUCUCCUCUCCUCUCCUCUCCUCUCCUCUCCUCUCCUCUCCUCUCCUCUCCUCUCCUCUCCUCUCCUCUCCUCUCCUCCUCCUCGUCUCCUCCACCAGGCUUCCAGGAGAGAGAGGAGGUUCUGGAGAUCUUCCGGACAGAGUUCCAGAUGAGGUUGCUAUGGGGAAGCAGGGGUUCGGAGGGCAGCCAAUCAGAACGCUAUGAGAAGUUCGACAAAGUCCUGACCGCUCUGUCUCACAAGCUGGAGCCUCCUGUACGCCACAGCGAACUAUAG